CGGCCUUCGCCACUGUGGCUCGCACUGUCGCAAACAACAACAACAACAACAACACACAAAACACCGCCAGUAGAUCAGCAAUUGCCGUCGAACACGCUUAUUAUUAUUGUUAAUUAUUUUCCCCUCUUAAAGCUACAAGCAAAACCCCCAAAAGCCCCUCAUUGUACCAGCGCUCUCCCAACCUGCCUCCCCCCCUCCUCUCUCUCGUGACGUGGAGCCUACCUAUUGACGCAUCGUUUGUUUCCCCUUUUUGCGUUCUCAUUCGUAUAUUAUUAUUUUUGUUUACACCGCAUUCGCAGAGGUCAUGACGCUGCUCCCGAAGAACCUCCGUCGCGAGGCAAAGGACCUCGUCGUGGAGAAGAUGUGGACCGGCGCGGCGUGGACCGAAGGCCCGUGUUGGCUACCCUCGGAUAACAAACUCCUCUUCAGCGACGUCAUCAACAGUACCCAGUACCUGCUCGACCCGGAGACGAAGACGGUGAGCGUGCUGCGCAUCCACACCGUGAACGGCAAUGGCAACACCAUCGACAACGUUAACGUUCACAAGCACUACUACGGCUUCUACCCACCGGAGCUGGAGGACUUGGCAGACUACAUCAUCUUGACAGCUGAGAGUGGCCGCCGCACCGUGUCCGCCACCGUGCCCCCGCACGCGAUUGAGCGCUAUAUUGCGAAGUACGGCAACGACUCGAGCAAGAGCCCUGCGAUGCAGACCCGCUGGCGCGAGGACGCAGGCCUGACCCGUGCCCACGCGAUCAUCCCGCCUUACAUGAUGAUCACGAACAAGGUCGUCUCGGAGAAGUUUCAGACGUGCCGCUACAACUCCCCGAACGACAUCGUCAUCCGGCCGAACGACGGCACGAUCUGGUUCACCGACCCGCCGUUCGGCAUUACGUCGAACAAGGAGGGCUACCACGCGGGCAGUCAGCUGAACACCUGCCACGUGUUCUGCAUCUACCCAUCCCACCUGUGCACCGUGAAGAGCCGCACCGGCAAGAAUGGCGAGCCGUUGCCGCUGCCGACGAAGGAGGAGUGCGAGGAGAUCGGCCAGAAUGCCGACGCGAUCAACCGCCUUAACGAAACACGCCACGUCGUGCGGUUGGGGGUGACGGAUGUGAUUAUGCCGAACGGCCUCGCCUUCUCGCCGGACGGCAGCAAGCUCUACGUGGCGGACUGCAGUGCCGAGGUGUACGACUUCCGCGACGGCGUUGCGCAGAUUUUCGUCUACGACAUCGUCGACGGCGGCGAGAAGGAGUACGUGUCGGAGCGGGUGAACAAGGAGGGUGAGAUCGAGGAGAAGGUGACGCUGUCCUACCGCGAGGUCAAGGCGGUAAACCGGCGCACCUUCUGCGAGAUCAACCCCGGCAUCCCGGACGGCUUCCGCGUCGACGCCGACGGCUACAUCUACACCAGCUCCGCGCACGCCAUUAUCGUCUACACGCCGGAGGGUGAAGGAGGUGAACCGGAUUGA